UGUUUUGCAGUAAUCAUACUAAUGAUUACAGUAAUCAUACCAAAAAUUUCAUAAUCAUACUAAUUUCAUUUUCCCUGAAUCAAAUUACAACACAAUCAAAUUUCAUAAUCAUACUAAUUUCAUAAUCAUACCAAUUUUCAUAAUCAUACUAAUUUCAUAAUCAUACCAAUUUUCUUCAGUUUCACAAACAAACCCUAAUUUUUACUUUCUCAAAUCACCCUGCAGCAAUUACCAACUCAGUUUAAAUCUCAAAUCGUCACAAACCCUAACUUCAGAUUAUAACAACAUCAUCUCAAACCAAUUUCAUAAUCACAUUCCCUGAAUCGAAAAAUCAAAAAUCAUAAAUAUCCUAACACAUAUCCUAAAUCGCAAACCAAUUUCACAAACCCUAACCCCAAAUCGUAAAGCAUAUACCAAAUCAAACAGAUCAAAUGUAGAAAGAUACUCAUCACAUGGUUAAUCACAAACCCUAAAACAUCAAAUUUCUGAACAAAAAACUUACCUGUUCGUCACCGGGAAGAGAAAACCUGCCUCUUAUCUACUCCGUCUCAUCUAUCUUAUCGAUCUGCAGUUCCCUUUGUCCUUCCCGUCUAUCAAUCUCUCAAUCUCUCUCGCCUGUAACCCUAUCGCUCUCUGAACUUUCGAUUUCUUUCUGUGGCUGAAAAUCGAUUUUGGUGAAGAUAAUACCUGUAGCACACGUACGAAACACACAUUUGCUACAGGUGUCAGUCCUUGACCACGUGUCCUUGAAAUAGAUGCCCACGUGUUAAGAGAACCAUAUCAGUACGUGUCGGGUAUUUUUUCUUGCGAAGGGCAAAAAUGAAAAAUCACACUAUAGUUGACUGGUCAAAGGUAGUGAAAAUGCCCCAAUUUUGACCAAAAUUUGAAAACUAACAGAAUGUGGCAUUUUAAUUUCUUGCCUAACGUCCGGGGCAUUUUCAAACCUGGGGGGUCGAUUUUGGGGCAUUUUGUCCUUUAACCCUUUCUCAUAUGAUGCGGUGAGAUAUGUCGAAAAGAAGAAACUUCCGUUCUCCGCUGCACCUAAAGAUGAUAGAAACCUCCCAGACAUCAGUUUAGGCCUCUAUGACGAUGUCAUUAUUUUUGAUCAUAUUGAAAAGAAAAUAUAUGCAGUUCAUUGGGUACGGUUAGAUCAUUACUCCUCUACUGAGAAAGCUUACCAAGAUGGUAUGGAGAAACUCGAAGAUUUAACAUCUAAAGUAUUCAACAUCGAACCACCAAAGCUUUCGGCAGGUUCAGUGAAAUUAAGUACUCCACAUGUUGUGCCGGUUUUCAAAGUUGCAUCAUCAAUGAAACCAGAAGAAUACAAGGAUGCAGUUGUUAAAGCGAAAGAGCAUAUUGUUGCCGGAGAUAUUUUUCAGAUUGUGUUAAGUCAGCGUUUCGAACGUCGUACUUUGGCUGAUCCAUUUGAAGUAUACAGAUCACUAAGAGUUGUCAAUCCCAGCCCGUAUUUGAGUUAUAUACAGGCUGGCGGAUGUAUUCUUGCUGCAUCAAGUCCUGAGAUUCUCACGCGCGUGACGCAAAGGAAGAUCAUUAGCAGACCACUUGCUGGGACAAUUAGAAGAGGAAAGACAGAAGUGGAAGAUAAGAUGCUAGAGAAGGAACUUCUUGCUGACGAAAAGGAAUGCGCUGAACACAUUAUGCUUGUCGAUUUGGCAAGGAAUGAUAUUGGUAAAGUAUCAAAGGCAGGGUCUGUGAAAGUGGAAAGACUUAUGAAUGUUGAGCGUUACUCACAUGUAAUGCACAUCAGUUCCACGGUAACAGGAGAGUUACUCGAUGGUAAAAAUUGUUGGGAUGCAUUAGAAUCUGAAUUGCCACUAGGAACAGUUACUGGCGCCCCCAAGGUGAAAUCCAUGGAAAUAAUAGAUGAGUUGGAGUUCACAAGACGGGGUCCUUAUAGUGGUGGAUUUGGAUAUGUUUCGUUCUCCGGGGAUAUGGACAUUGCAAUUGCUAAACGUACCAUUGUAUUCCCCAAUGUUCCUGGGAUUAACGGAUACAAAGACAAUGAUAAUAGUACGCCGAAGAUGAGAAGAGAAUGGAUAGCCCAUUUUCAAGUAGGAUCAGGGAUAGUAGCAGAUAGUGACCCUGAUCGGGAGCAAAGGGAGUGUGAAAAUAAAGCUGCUGGUCUCCUACGUGGAAUUGAACUGGCAGAAUCAACCUUUGUUUUUAACAAGUCAUGUUGAGAGGCCAGGGAGUUCUUGGUCUAUGCAUGCAAGGUUCUUACCAAGCCGCUCCUCUCAUCUUCUUACUUAGUGCUGGUUAUGCCAACUUCAUUUGCUCUAUCCUUCCGUCCUUUAUGCCAACUUCAUUUUCACUACUAUCCACCGACUGAGACGGUGGGUGACCAAUAACACCAAUUACUGGAAGAGACUCGAACAACGAUUUCCCAUUCAUAAAAUUGGUUAAAAAGACCAAAAUCAAUAAUUUCUGGGUGAAAAGGAAAGUUAGAUUUUGAUACUGUU